CAGUUUUGUUUUAGGGUUCUUCGCGAUGGCUAGUGGAGCUGGAAGACGCGGGAACAAGGCGGAUAAGGUCUUGGAGUACGAGGCCUUCGUGGACAAACGCCUCAAGCCGGACCUUGUCCGAGCUAUUGCCGAGAGGGACAAGCUCAUGGAGCAGCUUAAGACUUACUCGGAUCUUGCCACUAACAUCAAGAUGCUAGAAGAGAACAAGCUUGCGAGGCUAAGAACCAUGGUGAACUUGGGAUCCGAGAUUUACUGCCAGGCAGAUGUGCCAGACACGUCGCGUAUCUUUGUCGACAUCGGCCUUGGCUUCCACGCGGAGCUCUCUUGGAAAGAAGCCUUGGACUUCAUCACCACAAAGACAACGAUCCUUGACAGGACUCAUGAGCGCGAUUCUAAUGCCCAGGCAAAUCGACGAGGAGACGAAACGUGUCGCGAGAAUCAAGUCUCAAAUCAAGCUGGUCUGCGAAGGCAUUCGCGAGCUCUUGAAUUUGGGGCCAGAGUGAUACUGUUCCAUUCUACUCGAAACUUAAAACUUACUACUUGGAAGUUAUACCUUGGAAGAUUCUAUUUGGGGCAAUCGCCGCGCGGAGGUUUUGACACGUGCCCUUCUGUGGCAGACAUUAACUCAUUUUUACGACAGCGUGACAAAACGAAUGACCAUUAGUUAAAGUUAAGAAAA